AUGUCCGCCACCAAGCGUCCCAACUUCCUGGUCAUCGUCGCCGACGACCUGGGCUUCAGCGACACCGGCCCCUUCGGAUCAGAGAUCAAGACGCCUGCGCUCGACAGGAUAGCAAAGGAGGGUGUGCGCCUCACAAACUUCCACACCGCGUCAGCAUGCUCGCCCACAAGGUCUAUGCUCUUCUCGGGCAGCGACAACCACAUCGCCGGGCUUGGCCAGAUGGCUGAGCACAUGGGCAACAGGGAGCUCUUCAAGGAUAAGCCCGGCUACGAGGGCUACCUGAACUUCCGUGUCGCCGCGCUUUCCGAGAUCUUGCAGGAUGCCGGAUAUCUGACCAUGAUGUCUGGCAAGUGGCAUCUCGGCGCCGCAAAGGAGCAUGCGCCGUGCUCGAGAGGCUUCGACAAGGGCUUCGUCUACCUGCCGGGAAGCGGCAACCACUACAACUACGAGCCGCAGUUCAAGGAGGGCCAGCCGAGGCCGUCCCUGGCCGUCGCCGACCCCAAGACCUUCUGGAUGAGGGACGGCGUCUACCUCGACCGCCGCACGGAGCUGCCCGAGGACUUUUACUCCACCAAGACCUUCACGGACGAGCUGAUCAACUACCUGAACACGAGGACCGACGAGGAGAAGGAGAAGCCCUUCUUCUCGUACCUGGCCUACACGGCGCCCCACUGGCCGCUGCACGCGCCCAAGGAGGUGAUCGAGAAGUACAAGGGCGUCUACGACGACGGCCCCGCCGCGCUGCGCAAGAAGCGCCUGGAGCGCAUGAUCGAGCUGGGCCUCGUGCCCAAGGACGUCGAGCCGGCGCCCAUGGUGGGCCUGCUCGACCCGGAGUGGGAGACCAUGACGGCCGAGGAGCGCGCCCUCUCGGCGCGCAAGAUGGAGACCUUCGCCGCCAUGGUCGACGUCGUGGACCAGAACAUCCAGCGCGUGCUCGACGCGCUCGAGGCGUCCGGGGAGCUGGACAACACCUUCAUCGUCUUCAUGUCGGACAACGGCGCCGAGGGCACCCUGCUCGAGGCGCUGCCCAUGCUCGGCGGCGCCACGAGCCUCGGCGCCCUCAUCGAGACGCACUACAACAACGAGCUGGCCAACAUCGGCAACCGCGACUCCUUCACCUGGUACGGCGCCUCGUGGGCCUGCGCCUCCAUGGCGCCCUCGCGCGGGUUCAAGACGUGGAUCACCGAGGGCGGCAUCCGCUGCCCCUGCCUCGUGCGCUUCCCGCCCGUCGUCGCCGGCGCCGCCCGCGGCACCCACACCAACACCUUCACGACCGUCAUGGACGUCCUGCCCACCUUCCUCGAGCUCGCGGGCGUCGCGCACCCGGCCCCGUCCUUCCGCGGGCGCGAGGUCGUGCCCGUGCGCGGCAAGUCGUGGGUCGGCCACCUGCGCGGCGCCGACUACGCCGCCAGCCCGGCCGUGCACGACGAGGACACAGCCGUCACGGGGUGGGAGCUGUUCGGCCUGCGGGCCAUCCGCGAGGGCAAGUGGAAGGCCAUCUACAUGACGCCGCCGCGCGGCAACGAGCAGUGGGAGCUGUACGACAUGGAGGCCGACCCGGGCGAGAUCCACGACAGGGCCGGCGAGGAGCCCGAGGUGCUCGAGCGGCUCGUGCAGCACUGGAACGUGUACUACAACGAGGUGGGCAUGUUCGACCCGGACGUCACCUUCCACGUCGUCAAGGACAAGAGGGUCGAGGUCGCGGCGUAG